GCAGCACAGACCUGAUUAACAUUUAUGAGCGAUAUCCCUAGGAUUUCGCGUCUUUCCGAGUCACAAAGUUUUAGCGUUAUCCGUUGUAUGGCACACGAUGAGCCUUGGAUAUGCAACAUAGCGUGAUUUUGACUUUCUGUAAGCUUACAGUAGAGGAUGGACAAGCGACAGACCGCACCACAGUCAAACCCCGAAACUCCAGACAGUCCCACAGGGGCUCAUGUUGAAUGGUGCAAACAACUGAUUGCAGCCACAAUGUCAAGUCCGAUCUCUGGAUCCAUCAGCUCGGAGACGAUUUCUAGAGAGUGCAAGGACUGUGAUGUGGAGGUUAAAGGAUUUCUCUUGGACAGUGACCCUCAACAGACUGCCCCCUCUUCGGCACUCAGAGAAGGAAAUAAGCAGGCUCAGAUGGAGGAGGCUCCACGUGUUCCUGGAGAAACCAUCAAGGCUAUCGUCAAAGACGUCAUGUAUAUCUGUCCAUUCUCUGGGGUUGUGAGAGGGACUCUCACCAUCACUGAUUACAAGCUCUACUUUAAGAGUCUGACACGGGAUUCUCCAUUUGUGCUGGAUGUGAAUCUUGGAGCCGUAAGCAGACUUGAGUCUAUCGCUGUUCAGAGUCACGGAGACAACACUCAAGGACUUGAGAUAGUCUGCAAGGACCUGAGAAACCCCCGGUUUGCGUACAAGAAGGAGGGACAGAGCGAUUUGGAGGUGUUUGAAAUAAUGUCAAAGUAUGCGUUCCCUCUCUCCCACAACCUGCCUCUCUUUGCCUUUAAAUACCGAGAGAAGUUUCCAGAAGAUGGCUGGAAGAUCUACGACCCAAUCGCUGAGUACAAGAGACAGGGUCUUCCAAACGAGAGCUGGAUCAUCAGUAAAGUGAACAGCAGUUAUGAGGUGUGUGAGACGUAUCCUGCUCUGCUGGUCCUGCCUUCAAACGUCACAGAGGACGAACUGAAGAGAGUGGCGGCCUUUAGGGCCAAACGGCGUUUCCCUGUGCUGUCCUGGAUUCACCCCGAGAGUCAGGCCGCUAUAGUGCGCUGCAGUCAGCCACAGGUGGGCCCAUCAGACCGUCGCUGCAGGGAGGAUGAACGGUACCUUCAGACGAUACUCGACGCCAACGCUCAGUCUCACAAGCUCUGCAUCUUUGAUGCUCGCCAAUGCACUGUGGCUGACACCAACAAAACCAAAGAUGGAGGAUAUGAGAAUGAGAGUUUCUACAUCAAUGUGGAGCUGAACUUUCUGGAGAUCCCCAACAUACAUGUGAUGAGAGAAUCCCUGAGGAAACUCAAGGAGGUGGUGUAUCCUGCCAUCGACCAACAGCACUGGUUCUCAUCUGUGGAUUCUACGCACUGGCUGGAAUACAUCAGGCUCUUGCUAGCAGGUGCGGUUCGCAUCGCAGACCGAAUCGAGUCGGGUAAGACGUCAGUGGUGGUGCACUGCAGUGAUGGCUGGGACCGCACGGCUCAGCUCACCUCUCUGGCCAUGCUCAUGCUGGACGCGCACUACCGCUCGCUCAGGGGCUUCCAGGUGCUGCUGGAGAAGGAAUGGCUGAGCUUCGGACACCGCUUUGCUUCGCGUGUGGGACAUGGAGAUGGGAAUCACGCAAACUCUGAGCGCUCGCCUCUCUUUGUGCAGUUCAUCGACUGUGUCUGGCAAAUGACACGACAGUUUCCCUCUGCAUUUGAAUUCAAUGAGCUGUUUCUGGUCACGGUGCUUGAUCACCUCUACAGCUGCCUGUUUGGGACAUUUCUCUACAACAGCGAGCAAGAGCGAGUCUCGAAGGAGGUUUACAGUAAGACCGUGUCUCUAUGGUCAUAUGUGAACAGCCAGCUUGAGGAGUUUACCAACCCACUGUAUGUGAACUACGAGCACCAUGUUUUAUAUCCGGUAGCCAGUCUGAGACAUCUAGAGCUUUGGGUCAGUUAUUAUGUGCGCUGGAAUCCUCGCAUGAGGCCACAGGUUCCUGUUCAUCAGAGUCUGAAGGAGUUGUUGGUCCUGAAGUCUGAGUUGCAGAAGAAAGUGGAGGAGCUAAAACGAGAUGCAGCUUCAUCACAUUCUUUCUUCUCUUCCUCGGAGCAUGAAGGCAUACCCAUGCAGACCACUGUCUGAGCAUUUGGUCAUGAGUGCCAUCUAAAGGCCAUGAACCCAAUAGCAUAGCACUACAUUCAACAAACAUUUUCCAUAAAAUGAGUUUUCUAUGCAUAACUUUUUGAAUUAUUUUUAUUUCGUCACUUAUUGUUGGGGGUAAAAAUGAAAAUUGCACAUUCGGUUGAUGACUUUAACAUCUGAGCUUCAUCAAGGGAAGGGUUUCUUUUUUGUUAUCAAAUUUAGUAGUUAACAAUAAAAUGUAAUCCAGAACAAAAACAUGCCUGAAUAUACCAGUGGCUUUGGCGAGAAUGUUCUUGCUCUUUUAUUGCCUCCAAUAAUUACUACUAAUUAAAAUGUAACAUAAUUCAGAAUCAUGCAUAAUAUAAAAUCUGUGGAUAAAUUUGUUCUGUGGUAGCGAGUGACACAUUUAUUUUACACAU